AUGGAUAUUAACUUAAAUGACCCCUUUAACGAGAAUCAAAGUGAGAUCGCUAGCGAAUGGAGCCAAUUUAACGAUUUAAUAGCCAAUGAACUGAAAAAUAAGAAGUUUUUCCUCCAACAAGCCAAAUCAGCUGUUGAGGGACUGGAUAAAAUACCUGCUAAUGAUAAUAAUGCCGUAUUGAAUAAUCUUUUACAAACUCAGCUGUUUGUUCCUAGUAGGUCGGACCCAAUUGGGAUUGUACUGGCCUUAAAUAAAGAGCGAAGAUCGGCUGAUAAUUCUAUCCAGAUGGUGUUGGAUAGUACAAUAAAAGAGUUAACUGAAAUGGUUCAUGACCAAGAAUCCUUGAACAAUGAUAUGAGAUCUUUGAACUCUUUGUUGAAGAAGAGGGUAAGUGAUUCCGAAUUUAUUCGAGAUGAGACCGUAGAAAUGUCAAACGAAAGGAUUUCAGAGAUCCUUUCUGACUUUGUGGGUAAAUACCUGGUUCCAGAUUUGGUUUCUGAUGAAUCUCAGUGGUCUGAAUCCAAGGAAGAGGUGUUGAGGCUUAUUCAAAGACUGUUAAGCCAAGAUAAACAGCUAUGUCUGAAGAACUUCAGUCCUCGGUACCUGGGACUUUAUAGAUUAUUAUCUAAAGCACAUAUGUUACAGGAAGUCUAUCGAGAGGAAGAGCCGGAUAAUCCUUUCAUCCUACUAUAUGAGUUGGUUAAUACAUAA